GCCUGCGCCAUAGGUACCAGUAGAUCAGCUCGGAAGGUCGUAGCUCCGUUAGCUGAGAAACAUGAUGUCCAUUGCUGCCCGUUCGGGGACUCUUUCCCCGUACCUGCAGGCUACGAACUAUGCUGUGGCAGGUCCACUGAAAGCUUUGGUACCGGGCGUCGUUGUGAAAAGCGAUAAAAUCUUGAUGGAUGUCAAGAAACCCUUCCUGUGCCGGGAGUCGCUCUCCGGUCAGAGCGCUAAGGGCGGGCUGUCCGUGUCUGCCAGCAUCAACGCUCCCUCUGGAGUGCGUUUUGCCCACACAGACAUCAAGAUCCCAGAUUUCUCUGACUACCGCCGACCUGAAGUUGUGGACCCAAAGAAGUCAUCGCAAGAGAGUGGAGAAGCCCGGCGGGCCUUCUCUUAUCUGAUCACAGGUUCCACUGCAGUGGUUGGAGUCUACACAGCCAAGACCGUUGUCACACAAUUUAUCUCAUCCAUGAGCGCCUCAGCUGAUGUGUUGGCUCUGUCGAAGAUUGAAGUUAAGCUAUCAGACAUCCCUGAGGGUAAGAACAUGACCUUCAAAUGGAGAGGAAAGCCCCUGUUUGUCCGACACAGAACGGAAAAGGAGAUUGCAACGGAGGCUGAUGUUAAUCUCUCUGAGCUUCGGGACCCCCAGCAUGACAAAGAACGCGUUCAGAACCCAUCCUGGGUUGUCGUCAUCGGUGUGUGCACCCACCUGGGCUGUGUGCCCAUUGCUAACGCUGGUGACUAUGGUGGCUAUUACUGCCCUUGCCACGGCUCUCAUUAUGACGCAUCUGGUCGCAUUAGAAAAGGUCCUGCUCCACUCAACCUAGAGGUGCCCUACUAUGAGUUCGUAGAUGAAGAUACACUGCUCGUAGGAUAAAUGAAAUAACUGUAUUCUGCUAAUACCUAUGAUCAACACUGAAUCUGUUCUGUCGUUGUUUGAUUUAUCCAUCUUGCUUCAGACACAAAUUAACUACAUUGACAUGGUUGGUGACAAUGGUUAAUUGUAAGUAAUAAAUGUGUAUUUUAUCUGAUAGAAA